AUGGCAGGCUCAGUUUCCAAAAAGCGCAAGGUCGAGGAUGGAAUGAAAGGCAGGACUCAUAAACCGGUUAAGAGAUUCAAAAAGCAAACCAAUUACAAUAGCGAUUCCUCGGACGCAGAACCGACCGGCGAUUUCCAGGCAGUAAAUCUCCAAGAUUCGGACGAUGAAGGAACUCGAACGGUAGAUCGGAUUGUUCCAGAUUUGUCAGAUGCUGAGGAUGAGCCUCCGCUGGACGACGAGCCUGCGCUGGACGAGGAGGCAGUUUCGGAAGUUACAGAUGCGUCAAAUUCAGACUCAGAAGGCGAAGAAUCAGAUACAAAUUCCAACCCCAAUUUAAUACGAAAGCGCAAACGCAAUGAUCCAGAAGCAUUCGCCACCUCGAUGUCCAAGAUCCUCAGCUCGAAACUAUCUACAAGCAAACGCGCAGACCCUGUCCUCUCACGGAGUGUUACGGCUAUUGAGGCUAGCAAGGAGAUAACGGAUCAGGCAUUAGAAAAGAAGGCACGGCACAAGUUGAAGGAAGAUAAGAGGGUUGCAUUGGAGAAAGGAAGAGUCAAGGAUGUUCUUGGUGCGAGUACGGCCUUUGAUGCUGCCAAUGGACAUAACUUGGGAGUUGGGCAGCCCAGUGUUCAGGAGACGAUGGAAUUGGAGAAGAGGCUGAGGAAAACGGCUCAGAGAGGUGUGGUUAAGCUGUUCAAUGCAGUGAGAGCGGCCCAAAUUAAGGGAGAAGAAGCUGCUAGGGAGGCAAGGGUGAAGGGUUUGGUUGGGCAAGGGAGACGGGAGGAGAGGGUUAAUGAAAUGAGUAAGAAGGGGUUUCUAGACCUUAUUGCAGGUGGCGGUGUUGAGGAAGCAUGA